UUGGUUUAGACUAGCUCGUUAAAAGAUAUUGGAUAUUGGUCACGAAUCUCACAUGGGACAUUGUACGCUGGACAAGGCACCUGAAAAGAGGGGAAUCCAAUGUUGUGUGUUGUGUUCUCUUCAAGGAUUUUGAGGCCUGUUGGCUAUCAUUUGUUUAGAACUGUUGCGAACCAGUCGAUCGCACGUGAUGCCCCAGGAGGCACAGGUUCAGGAUCGUCUUCAAGACCAUUAGAUCCGAUCCAACAGUCGUUUAUCUCAAGGUUGCGAGAAUAUCGUCAAAAGAGCGAAAAAAGUGAAGUGGGUUUAGCAGAUGUUACACCUGAGGAAUUGAAGGAAUUUAGUGAGCUGUUGGCCAGAGUGGAUAGCGUAUUUGGGGCUGAAGGACAGGAUAUGACACAGUUCCCUACAUUCAAGUUCGAGGAUCCUAAGCUUACUCUUCCGUCAUCUUCUCUAAAUAUUCCAUAUCCGAAAGACUUGGAAGAUGCCGUUGGUGUGUAGCCUGUUUUUUGGCACAUUGUACUAUAGUUAUUUUAUUUAGUUGACUAAAGAAACAAAGUCCGUAGAUUG